ACUAUUCCCAAAAAGUCUAGGGUUAUGUCCGUAAAUAAUGUUUUCGUAUAGCAUUUUGAAGAAACUAAAUCAAAUUUCAAUAAUACCCGUACGAUUUAAACAUCCCCCGAAUCAUUGGUCGGUACUGCGGAAAAAAAUUCAUCCUAUAGACAAGGCUUUGCAGCACUUCGACGAUUUUUACCUAAAAGUGUUUGAAAAGAAAUGGGAUUCCAUAAGAGAAGGUUUAUUAGGAAAGCAAAAAUAUGUAGCAGUUGUAAACAAUUAUAGUGAUAGAGAGGUUAUAAUGUCUGAAUUAGAAUUAAUGGGGGCUCUGAAUAUGAGGACAUUAUUUACCUUAGAAAAGCAAUAUUUGAAAGACGAGUUUGAAAGUAAAAAUAGAAAGUCGAGGUUGGAGAAAAUAUGGAAAAUGGAAGAACAAAUAGAUGAAAGUCUGAACCAAGUUAUUGCUGAAACUAAAGAAUUUCAAGCGAACCAAUUUUCACUUGAAAAAAGUUUGCAAGAUGCGGAAAUUGAUAAGGAGAGAAUGAUAGACCCCCAAAACGCUCUGUCUGCUGAAAUUUUGCAAGAAUUUGUGCCAGCCACAAAGUUGAAAGGGCGGGAAGAUUUCAUUCCUGAGUCACACCAUUACAACACAUUUGAUACAUCAGUCUUUGAUGUAAAAGUACAAAAAGAAUAUGACAUACAUUUCCCUGAGAACUUAAAUGUCUACUGCUAUGAAAUUCAUAAUUUCAGUGACUUUAAAUCACCAAAAUGUGGAUCUACAGGUGUCUUGGGAUAUUAUCUCAUGGACGGCGGAUCUGUGUUGCCAGUUUUGGCUUUGAAUUUAAAACCUGGUUGUAGUAUGCUGGAUGUUUGCGCCUCGCCCGGUGGUAAAAGCCUAUUGGCUUUACAGACAUUGUAUCCUGACUCGGUGACAUCAAAUGAUGUCUCAAACUCCCGGGUCAGUAGGAUUGAGAAUGUUUACCGGCAAUUUUUGUAUGAUUUAGAUGAACGUUGGCUAAAAACAGGGCGGAUAAAACUCACCAAUCAGGAUGGUAGGUACCUGGAAGGCGAGAGAUUUGACAGAGUAUUGGUUGAUGUGCCAUGUACCACUGACCGACAUUCGUUAAAAGAAAACGAUAACAACAUUUUCAAACCUUCCAGAAUCAAAGAACGGCUGAGACUGCCAGAAGUGCAAAGUGAGAUAUUAUUCAAUGCCCUAAAAUUGGUAAAUGUAGGAGGAGUUGUUGUCUAUUCUACCUGUACCUUAAGUCCCAUUCAAAAUGAUGGAGUCAUCCACAUGACUUUGCGAAGGAUUUGGGAAGAAACGGACUUGAGCUUCGUCGUGUGUGACUUGUCACCUGCACUUUUACAUACGAGAAGGGUGUUCCAGAUGGCCGAUCAAAACUUGCUUCGUUUCGGCCAUUUGGUGUUACCGAUAAAGUCUCAAAACUACGGGCCGACCUAUUUUUGCAAAUUGCAGAGAGAAAAAUAACCUAUAAUA